AUGAGAACACAGGAGGAGCCAGCCCUCCCGCCCCCCCGUCCCCGCCACCUACCCCCCACAGUAGCAGCUACGGGAGGGGAGAGGCAAGGCAGUGGGUGGUGCUCUGCUGGCGGGGUUCUCUGCUGGCGGGGUUCUCUGCUGGCGGGGUUCUUUGCUGGCGGGGUUCUCUGCUGGCGGGGUUCUCUGCUGGCGGAGUGCUCUGCUGGCGGGGUUCUCUGCUGGCGGGGUUCUCUGCUGGUGCUGGUUCCUGUGGUGGAGCUGCAGCUUCUCCCGCCACUCCCGCCACGCCCGCCAUGCCCCACUCCUGCCACGCCCACCAUUCCCGCCACUCCCAACGCCCCCGCCACUUCCGCCACUCCCUUCACAGCAGCUGCGAAGUCGACGGGAGGGCGGGCGGGGAAGAGGUGUGACUGGCGGAUACUGGCGCUGGCGGCCGCCACUCCGUUCCCCCUUUCCUCUUCGCCCCCACUGCAUCCGUCGCUGUUUCUGCGCCACGGAGCCGCGACGAGGCAGCGUGACGACGGCGGGUCCAUUGGCGGGCUCGCUCGCGGGCCCGUUGGCGGGUUCGUCGUCGGGCGUGCUCACACGCGCGCUGGCGGGUCCGUCGAUGGGCUUGCUGGCACUCUCGUUGGCGGGUCCGAUGGCGGGUCCGUCGGCGGGUUUCCUGGCGGGUCCGUCGGCGGGCUUGUUGGCGCUCUCGUUGGCGGAACUGACGACGGGUCCGUCGGCGGGUUUGCUGGUGGGUCCAUCGGCGUGCUUGCUGGCGGGUCCGAUCCUGGCGUUCCUGGUGCGUUCCUGGCGUGCGCGGUGGCGUGCGUUGCUGGUAGUGCACGGGCGACGGGCUGA